GCCUUGGGCAGUGAGUGUUCAAGUGUUCAGUGCGAGUGAGGCAGCGAUAGGUUCAUGCGGUGGCGAUGGCGUAUCGUUGCUUGUGAUAAGCUAUAGGAAAACUUGGCACGGGUUGGUCCUCCGUCCUGAAAAAAAUUGUGUGAGGUAAAGAAAAAGCUUCCUCUUCGGGUAUUAAGGUGAGAGAUGGAAGCACAGCAACAGGCAUGUGAGGUUGUUGAAGGAGUUAUUGCAAAUAUCUGUGAAAAGCUUGGUGCUGGUGCCAAGGAACAUAUUUGUCUUGAUAAGCUUCGUGAGAGUGCUGCGUUGUGGAUGGAGAACAGUUGCAGUGUCCCGGAAGCCAUAGAGGCAAUAUCCUCACCCCUUCAGCAGGAUGUACAGGUGAAGUUGGAAGAAAAAGAUACUGCCAUCAGGAAAAUUAGAGAAGACUUGGAGAAGAUCCCUGAACCACUGAUUGUGAAACAGAAUUGUAACCAGGAAGCUGAACAACUUUGGGGCACAUCUUAUCCAAGAAAGAAUGACUUCAGAACUCCAGAGUCUUGUAUCACAACACAAGUAGAGUCUGUAAAUGUUAAGGCCUGUGACACAGUACCUGACAAGACAAGUGCCUUGGAUUGUGUUGUCAGAGAUGUGCCACAAGACAGUAGGAACAAAGGUGACAGUGAUGAUGAUGAUGAUGAUGAUGAUGAUGUAGUUAUAAUUAGCACAGUCCCUCGAAAAUCUGCUCCUCUCAUUGUGUUGAGUGACGACAGCUUUGAAGAUGUAUCUCCUUCCACCAGUAAUGAAAGUGCAUCAGUCAUGAAGGAAAUGGAAAGUGAAGGGAACCCAAAGCCAAAUACAAGUGUACUGGAACAAGACACAAUGGAGCUAGGUGUGGCCACAGAUAUUGCCACUCAACAAAGACUCAUCAGAGAACAAGAAGUUGAUCUAAAGGAUGCUGAAAACAGUGGCUUUAUUAACAAGAACCUUGCUAAUCUACAUAAGGAUGAGAUGACUCUGAAUGAAAGAAUUAUUGAGAUAAGAAAUGAAGAAAAAAGGAACAUAGAUAAUAUAGAUGGUGAAGUGAAAGACUUGCAAACUGAACCUCAUGCAAGUGAUAGGCCAGACUUUAAUGCAUUGCAGCAAACAUCUGCAGGUGCUGGGGAUGGUAUGGGCAGCCAUGAUGCUGAUCAGGCAAACCACUCCCCAUCACCUGAGAAUCUUCAGCCUCGGUCUCCAAAUCCUCCAGCAGAAGCCAAGUUAGGCCUGUGUAGUGAUGAUGACAGCAACAGUGCCAGUGAUGCGAAUUUAAUGAAUUUUUCAGUGAAUAACCAUCUUGAGAAAAAUCAGUCCUGUGAACUAAGGGAGGAUGCAGAUUUCAUAUGUUCCCUGCUCCCAUACUUUAGUUUUAAUGAUGUGCAUCAGACUUUGGUUGAGAACAUUUGCCAUCCAGACCGUCGGGCCUUCGUACUGGAGGCGUAUAUAAACCUUGCUGUGGACCGCCAUGAGUCAGUGCAAGAUGAUGUUUUUCAGGGUCUCUGGGCUGCUAGAAAACGAUCCCAUGGAGAGGUGUCUGAUUCUCAUACUCUACCUCCAAAGAAAAGGAAGACUGAGUUUAUAUCUGAAUCACAGAAAGUGGUGAAAGAACAGCCAGUGAAUGUUCCGCAUGAAGCCCUCCCAUCUACCAGCACUGCUGGUUUUGCCCCUGUAGUGCCAAAAGAACCAGACAUGGCCAGAGGCAUUGAUCCUGGUACCUUUGAACCCCGAGUUGUUGAUCCAUUUCGGGAGAAGUGGUACAAAGAAAAAAUAGAUUUUUUGUGUGCAGUGGUACCAGCAGACAGGGAAGUGCUCUGGGCUCAGGUUCUCUCUUGCCAAACUAAUGAUGAUGUUGAAGCACUUAUGGAACGUUUGAUGGAGGAGCAGGACCAGAUUGUGAAGACUGUUCCUGUAAUACCACAGUAUGUAGAAAACCAGCCAAGCACAAGUACUGCUCAACCAGCAACUGUUGCUGGGCCUAGUAAUGAUCCUGGAACUAGUGACAGCAGUGAUGACAGUGCAACGGAUGAAGCAGUGGCUGGCCCGUCCAACGAAGAAGGUACUGAUGGAGGACCAACAGUAGAUCUUGAGGAGAAGAUCUUAACUCAAGUCAAGAUGCUUUCUGAGAUGUUUGAAAAUGCUGAUCCAGACUAUCUACAGGAGAGGUGUGUGGCCAUCAGUGGAGAUGACACAAAGUUCCAGGAAAUUGUGAAUGAACUCCUCCAGUCCACAGAUUACCCCAGGAUUGAAGAAUACCACAAAAGGCAAAAGAGAUUAGAAAUCAAAAAGAAAUUCAUUGAGGGCAUGUCAGUAGAAGAAUUUCUAGAGUACUUUGAAGAUCCAGAGAAGGUGUUCUGUGAUACCACCACCAACAUGAGUAACACCUACAAGGAAAAUGCUUGCACUCAACUCCAAAAGGAUCUGCCUUUCCAUCUCAGUCAGGAUAUUAAAAGUACACUCAAGAAGCACAACUACCACUAUUUGCCUUCCUUGAGGGCACUGCAGGAGAAUGAGAAGCUGGCUCGGCGAAAGACCAAGCGUACUUCCAACUUGAAGGAGAAGGAUAUGGAUGAUAUCUUCAUCAAAGAAUUGUGUUAUGUGCACAUGCAGGCAGAAAUAAAGGAAUAUCUCUGGAAAAAAGAAGAAAACAAGCGACGUGCCUUCCUCUUGGCAAAAGCAGCAAAUGAACUGCAAGAGUGUCAGUGUUGCUAUGAUGAUGAGGUGCUGGAAGCAGAUAUGGAGCCAUGCACUUCUCAGAAUGAUCAUCAUAAAUUUUGUGUUAAUUGUAUCAGAAGGUUUGUGGAGGAAGAGAUUGGACAGGGAAGGACAAGUUUCCGAUGCCUUGAGGGUGAGUGCAAGGAUGAGUUUUCCUUGACAACCCUCCAGAAAGUGAUGAAGCCUUCUAUCUUCUCAAAAAUUUUGGAACGAAAACAGCUGGAGGAAAUUGCAGCAGCUGACAUUGAGGACUUGGUAGCAUGUCCCUUCUGUAACUUUCAGACCAUCAUGCCAAAUCCAGAAGAUAAAGUUUUCAAGUGUCUCAAUCCAGAGUGUAUGAAGGAUUCUUGCAGGUACUGUAAGGAACCAAACCAUGUUCCCUUGCGUUGUGAGGAAGUGGAAAAGCAGCAUCAGAAGGACACGCGUGUAUUCCUGGAGAACAAGAUGACUGAAGCCAUUGUCAGAGUGUGUUGGAAAUGCGGCAAGAGAUUUAUCAAAGAUGAUGGAUGCAAUAAAAUGGUGUGUCCAUGUGGCGCCAUGAUGUGUUACAUUUGUAAAAAGGGAAUCCGAGGCUAUGACCACUUUGAUGGUAACCAUCCCCCCAAAGACCCCAAAAAAUGUCCACUGUGGAGCAAUUCCGUGAUUACCCACGCAGAGGAAGUGCGAGCUGAAGUCUUAAGGCUCCAAGAAGAACUGGAUCCAUCAGUGACGCUAUUCCAUAAUCCCUUCCAGGAUCUUCCUGAGGUACCAAAGAACUUAGUGAAGCACCAAGGAGGCCAGCCGGCACACCUACCUCAUGCUGCUCGACCUGUACACCACCAACAGAUCCAAGCUCGUCCUCAAGUUGUCUACCACAGGCAGCCUCAUGUCCCUAUUGCUCAUCAAAAUCAAGGUGUAUUUCAUUUUCCUGCUCAUCGACCACUUCCCCCAGCUCCACCUGCUCAUCGACAGCUCCCCCCAGCUCCACCUGCUCAUCAGCACUAUCCCCAAGUCAUGCAAGUUGGAGUGAUGAGGCCUCCACCAGUUAUGAAUAUUCCUGAGGCUAACCAGCAUCAUCAUCAUCAUCUUCAGCAUAUUCAUAUUCCUAUGAGACCUGUCCUUCUCCGACCUACUCAGCCACAUGGGGACAAUGCAGGAGUCAAUGAACACCUGAUGGAAAUGAGAAGGAAUCAAGAAAUGCAUAUGAGGUUGUGGACCAGGUAUAUGGAGCAUACUAACACUGCCAACAACGGUAGCAGCAGUGGCACCAGCAGCAACAGAGCCAACAGGGAUUAGGGCAGCAGUGCUCAUGAUAAGGAUGAAGGAUGGAGUACCAUUCUAAAGACAUUCCUAUGUGCAGGACACUGAAGUGGAAGUGUCAUAGUUGUUAAUGACAGGUACCACCAUUUUACAAAUUAAUAAGAUUUGCCAAGGAUAUAUCCAUCAAUUAAAAACAAAAUUUUACCUGUCUUUAUACUGAUAUGCAAGAGACUGUCUAGAUGGGAAUGCCUUGCUUGUUCCUCAUAAUGUACUUCCUAUAUUUUUGUAAGCCUGUCUAACCAACAUUGUUAAGGCUGCUAGUGAUUCUCUCAGUAGCAGUGAUGAUAAUGAUAAUGAUGUGUAAUAUUGAUUAUUGUUAUCACAGUUAUGUUGAUGAUGAUAAUUGAUGAUAAUCAUUGUUGUUGUUAUUACCACUUGGAAAAGAUGUUAAGACAUGAUGUAUUCAAUUUUGGAUAACUUUUUAUUUAAUUCCUAAAGUUAUGAAAAAAAUUGUAUUUAGUUUCUUUGCAAAUAAAAGAAUUAACAAG